AGGCGUCUAAAUUGGCGCAAAUGAAAAAGACGCCGAAGAAGAAGACGAAGAAGAACUGAAGUUGAGACUUUGAAGCGCGAACCGCAAGCUUCGGUGUCCAACUGCCGUCAGUCCAAAUAUUCCUUGGAAGCCAUCGUGAAGGCGCUCGCGAGUGUCGGAGGGCCUGCUGGCCCCCGGGCUUCUUGUUUGCGGGGGCUCCGCUGUGCCGGGCCUUGUCGACGUGUUAGCUCGUUGCUAACGUGAGCCGAGUGAUGGCCGCCGCCGACUUUGUACUUCUCUUCUUGCAGACUCUCUGACAAGUUGUCCCUUGCUUCGCGAUGACGAGCGAGGAAGCCAAGAGCGCCGCGGCGCUCGACGACGACGACGCUGCGGACGCUCCUCCGUCCGAGUCCAACGAGCACGAUUAUGCCGACUCUGAGCUUGCCGCCGAGCUUCCAGCGGCCACCGGCGAUGAAGAUGACGAGGACGACGAGCUCCCAAAAGCGGCCGGACAGCGCGGCCGACGGCGGGCCAAGUUCCAGGAGGACAAGACGUGCUCCUGCUGCAAGGGUCCCUUCGAGCGGCAAGGCCGAGGCUUCAACCGGAGGGCCGUGUUCACCUUCACCACCCCGGAGGCCGCCCAGUGGGUCUUCCCCGACGCGGGCGCCGUCGGCAAAAAGUCGUUCGUGUGCGAAACGUGCGCGCAGGUCAUCAGGACCAAAUGCUGCCGCAAGAACAACGGGAAGAGGAUCGUGUGGCUCAAACCUGCCGCGGCCAAACAGACGAGCGCCCGCCACAGGACGAAGGGCGGCCAGCGCAUGGGCAAGAAGAGCCGCGCGGCGCUGCUGGUGAGCAAGUCGUGCUACCGCUCGGCCUUCCGCACGCUCUGGUCGGCCAAGGGCGCCCGCAAGCCCAUGAUGGACUUCCUGAGCCGCGAGCUGCGCGAGGAGAUGAAGGCGCUGUCGCGGCACGCCGACAGCCCCUUCCACCAGAAAGUCUCCAGCAAGAAGCUGCUGGCCUUCUUCCCGUGGGCGCGAUGCAUGGCGUGGGCGCAGGAGCGCGCCCCGCUCGUCACCACCUGCCUGCGCUCCCUCUUCCCCACCGUCGGCGCCCUCGUCAAGAGCAGGCACCAGCUGUCGGCCUCGGAGGCGGAGCUGCAGGUGCUGCGUCGCAGCGUGCUGACGCUGGCGGUGCCGCUGUUCACCAGGAACAUCUGGACCAACAACUUCCUGCAGGCGGCGCUGGGCGCCAAGCUGCGUCUGCAGGGCUGCUCCGGACCCGCCCUGGACACCCUCAACAGCCUGGGCCUGUGCCAGAACAAGGACACCGUGCGCCUGCGCCUGCACCGGCUGCGCGGCGCCGCCCACGACAAGGCGAACGGAGGAGAGAAUCAAGAUCACAUGACCGACAUGGAGGAAGACGACGUCGAGGAUGACGAGGAAGACGAAGAAGAGGAGGAGGAGGAGGAUGAGGAAGAGCAGCACCGCGUGCCAGAGGAGCUGGAGAAGAGGAGGAGGAAGAAGAAGAAGAGGAGGAGGAAGCGGGAGCGAGAGGAUGAUGAGGAUGGCGAAGAGGAGGAAGAUGAGGAGGAGAGGAAGAGGAGGGUGGUGGUGGUGCGCCUGGGCUUGCUCAAGGGACACUCGGAAGUUGGCCGGGCCGAUCUGUCUGCACCUUGACCUCAUGCGAAGCAUUGUGGGAAACUGAGGAUUCUCCGCCAACGCAACAUCUUGAUUUUGUGUUUGAUUUCCCCAAUGGCUCGUUUGUUUGUUUUGAGACAUUUGCCACCUCUGUUCAAUCCCAAAAAGUCACAUUUGACGGUCGGUCUUCUUAAGAUACAUUUUCAAGAGUUUAACGAGAGAAAAAAAAAAACAAACAAAAAAAAGACUGGAUCAUGUUUGAUUUCAGGAUGCAUGUGCCCAAACUGUAACCUUGUAAAUAGCAACAAUAAAAAAAAAAAAUAUUUCA